AUGAAAACAUAUGUUGUUGUGCUGCUACGCUACACAAUUUUCUGUAGUGUCCGUGCCUUUAAACCAAGGUACGUUACAACAGGGUUGAAUCCCACCAGAUUUCGAAUAGGUGACCAAGAGUUUGAUUCUUUGCCAUCUUUACUGGAAUUCUACAAAAUACACUAUUUGGACACUACAACCUUGAUAGAACCAGUUUCCCGAUCCAGGCAGAAUAGUGGCGUUAUCCUCAGGCAGGAGGAAGCCGAGUAUGUGCGAGCUCUCUUUGACUUUAAUGGAAAUGAUGAAGAAGAUCUUCCAUUUAAGAAAGGAGACAUACUGAGAAUCCGGGAUAAGCCUGAAGAGCAAUGGUGGAAUGCAGAAGACAGCGAAGGAAAGAGGGGAAUGAUACCUGUUCCUUACGUCGAGAAGUAUAGACCUUCCUCUGCUUCAGUAUCUACUCUGAUUGGAGGUAACCAGGAUAGUUCCCACCCACAACCACUGGGUGGGCCGGAGCCAGGGCCCUAUGCCCAGCCCAGCAUCAACACUCCGCUCCCUAACCUUCAGAAUGGCCCUAUUUAUGCCCGGGUUAUCCAGAAGCGAGUCCCUAAUGCCUACGACAAGACAGCCUUGGCUUUGGAGGUCGGUGAGCUGGUAAAGGUCACAAAGAUUAACGUGAGUGGUCAGUGGGAAGGAGAGUGUAAUGGCAGACGUGGUCACUUUCCAUUCACACACGUCCGCCUGCUGGAUCAACAGAAUCCUGACGAGGACUUCAGCUGAGUGUGGCUCAACAGUUGCGCUUACAGAUGGGAACAAUCUCAACUUGUUUUUAUUACAGAUGCCAUCAAGACUAUGUUCCGACAGAUGUUGAAAGCAGUAUUGCUUGUAUAAGCAUUCUGAUAACCUGCAAACCCCUGGGACUGAACACCACCAUUCCUUAAUCAAGGGUCAUGUAAUUCAGGGUACGACAGUAGAUAACUUGUGUGUCAAGUGGCAGAACUAGUACAUGAUUAUAGGUUGUAAUGCCUGCUUAUGUCCAUGUGCACAGCAGACUGGACCUUGCCAGCAGCAGCAGUUGGAGAAAGCAGUAACGUAGAUGUUACAAUAACGUUUAUAGCUCUCUCCGAUCCUAUUACUUAUGUUGCUUCUUCUUCAGGCAAUGAACAUCAACCUUAGACAAUUCAAUAUAUAGAUGGAAAUUUCACAAAUUUAUCCUGGAGCUUUCUCCAUGUUUUUUUUUUUCCAUCCUGAAUUCUCUGUCCUAGAAAGGCUAUAUAGUACUUUGCACGGUCAGUUAACUGUGCACAGUACAGUUAUAUGUAGAGCCCAUUGGGGACAGCUUUACAGGAUUUACAGAUGCUUACCAUUUUAAUGGUAAAUGACAGAUCAAAUCAACCUCGGAGUUCUAGAAGUUUGUGGACACUAGAUUGAUUUCUUCAGUACUGUUGAUGCUUCAAACAUAGCAGCUGAUUUUAAAUUAAGAUUUCUAUUAGCACACCAGUAUCUUUUUAUCCACAAAUACAAGGCUUAUGGAAGUGUAAACAUCCCUAUCAGUGCUGAAAAAUAUGUGCAUAGCACUUUAAUGCAUAGCUUUAAAGCAGUGUUUGAUUCACUAAAUAUACUAAAAUAUUGACACUGCUUUCCAAUAAAAUUAAAUUAUAUAGGGCCAGUUUAAUUUUUCUAGAAUUCUUCAAUACUCCUAUUGUACAAUACUCUUACAGUACAAAUCGGUGUCAAACAUGGUGAACUGACAAACCAAAUACUACUUUUAUUUUUAAGUUACUCUGGGGACUCUUCUGGUUUAAUUCCCAUCUGUAAAAUAUUUGAUAGUGAAUUCAUGAGGAUUUUAUUUUUAAUAAACUAAUGGAAAAUAA